UGUAACACGAAGACCCGGUGACGUGGAACACGAACCCGACACGAAGAGAGAAGUGUCAAAUUGAUUUCAGCGCAUUCAAUACUUUCCAGGUCAGCACACAGAACUCACGAGCUUAGUGCAUAUUUUACUUUUAAUUCACAUUAAACAUAUAAAUUAAAAUGCCUGCUCCUGCAAGUUCCACAUCCGUUGGCAGCGGUUCACGCUCGCCCAGCAAACUGUCGGCGCCACGUAGCUCAGCCGCUGGCGGCGGCGGCGGCAGCACUUUGAAGCAACGCAAGACAACAACAACAACGGCGGCAAGGAGUCGUGCUCCCGGCGGCGCAGGCACUGGUGGCAUGUGGCGUUUCUACACAGAUGAUUCCCCCGGCAUUAAAGUUGGACCAGUUCCUGUUUUGGUCAUGUCGCUGCUGUUCAUCGCCUCAGUCUUCAUGCUGCACAUUUGGGGCAAAUAUAACCGUUCUUAGACACUUUCAUCGUAGCAAAUACAAAAUACUUUCACCUCAACGAACGCAACGCAACGCGAACCACAAAUUGUCGACGUCAUCAGAUUUCAUAUCACAACAGUGGCCCAAACAACAACAACAACAUUGAUACUGUUGUAUCUGCAUUCCGUUUGUUGAGGCAUUUGGUGUUUUCCACUUGAAAUUAAUAAUAAUUGUCUAAGCUUAAGUUACCCCUCGUUAAACUGAUAAACUAAAAAAUUUUAUACAUCAUAAUUUUUCGGUCGAAAUUUGCGAUUUACUUCAAAUUGCUGCAAAACAAUUUUUUUUUGAUUUUGUGGCAUAGACAUUAAAAAUGCAUUCCACAAUUUAUGGUGGACAUGCUUCAUGCUGAUGUGUGUUAAGAACAAAUGAUUUUUUCGUAUUAAAACAGUGUGUUUAAAAACCUAAACAAAA